AUGCGCCACAGACACGAGCAGGUGUUGCGCUCCGGGUGCAGGAAACCUUCCGACCCCGCAUUGGAAGGAAGGGUAAUGUUACUUCAUACGAAUAACUCUAGCACUCCUGAACUCUUCGUCAUAUCCCUUAAUGAAUACAGCCUGUGCUACUUGGUGAAUUUUCACCAGGGUGGUGAUGAGAGAAGUAAAAAGGGAAGGGGCAUAUCAUCGCUUGCUAAUCAUGCACCUCAUUGUUACUAA